CACACCGCCUGCCGCCUGCCGCCUGCCGCCUGCUCGUCUCUUCCCGUCCGUCGCGCGCAUGCGCCUUGCCCUUGACAAUCCGCACGCUCGCCAUGGACGGCUUCGACACCACCACCAUGUCGUACCUAGCGACUCCCAUGCUGAUGCAGAACGUCUCUGGGUCUGAUCAGCAGCACAUGCAGAUGCCUAUGAACUCGCUAGAUCAGUACGACCAGCGCUCUGUCUUUGACAACGAAACGUUCGCCAGCGAAGAUGCCUUCUCGGUCUCGCAGUACCACAUGCAGCACCCCGCGCCGCCCCUCAGGCGCUUUCCAAGCACCUACGAAGACCCGUUCUCCGACGUCCACAGCACCUACGAGCAAUCGGUGCAUCCACACGAGCAAAAUGGCGUACCCGAAAGCCCCAAUAUCGAUAGCAACAACAAGCUGCUGAGCUUCUCGCUACCAAGCGUUCCGUACACUGUUCUUGACCUCGGUCUGCAACAGAAAGUAACCAUGUCCAUGUCCGCCCAGCUCCACGGCAUGUUCUUCCUUGCCGAGUCGCCAUGGGCUACAGCCGGCGAUGUGCAACCUCCACCCUCGGAAUUGACUUGCUAUCGCCGCAAUCUCUUCCAGAUUACUGGCACCGUCACGCUACCGAGGAGCAUGCACGUAGUCCUGACUGAUCACGGCGACCAAAUACCCAUACUUGGCCAGGAGCUCACCAUAUCUGCGACCGAGUCUCUUGAAGGCAAUUCCGUCAAGAUCAUUUCGGUGCCGUGGAAAACGCCUGCCACGAGUACGGUGCCGAUUGAAGACAAAACAGAGAAGGAACCUCCCACAUAUCCUUUGGAUCUGUCGACAGGCCAGGACAUGGACAGCAAUUACGUCUCUUUCCCCAUAAGCUGGAAGCGAUUGCAAUUUCGCAUUGCAACCGCUAAUAAUGGGAGGAGAAAGGAGCUGCAGCAGCACUUCGUGGUGCGUCUGAAGGUUGUAGCAACGCUCGCUAAUGGCGCCAAGAUACCCAUGUGCGAGAUUCACUCAAGCGCAAUCAUUGUACGCGGCAGAAGUCCCAGAAACUUCCAGUCGCGCAAAGACAUGCCCAUCAGUGGUGGAACUACGCAGGCGCGCAAGUCUCACAUCCCCCAGCAGCCGAGUCGCACGACCACCGGAGAGACCGUGCAGACCAGCCAGAGCCACGGACAGAACAACAUGACAUCGACUGUGAAAACAGAAAACAUGAUGCAGAUGCCGUACGACUUCAAUGCGAAUGAAGUGCCAGUGUCACCAGACUUUCUCGACUGGAAGAUCCCCGGUGGAGGUGCCAUGACUGCGAUACCUCCAGACCCACCGUCAUCUCAAAUGAUGCAUGCAACGCCAUACGCGCAAUCAACACCCGAGGUCUCAAGAAGCGUUCCUCCUUCACAACGAACGCCGAUAGCUCCAGUCACUCUAUCACUUACUGAUGAUGAGCCAAAGAAAGCACCAUCGCCAGUGGAGCAUGCCAGAAAACGCACUGCACCACCGCGACCGCCUUCAUUCUCUAUAGGCGUCAUCAACAGCCCUGACGAGAGCGCUGAUCUUCUCUAUGAGUAUUUUCCUCUUGGUCUCGAUGACUGGAUGCCGCCUGUCGACGCCGUCUACCGCCCACAUGUCGUUCAUCACACCAACUUACCACAAGAUCCGUCAUCUCUUGAGCGGAAGAGUCGAUCGAAACGGUACUUUGAAGCCUCUGUUUAUUGAAACAUCAAAAUCGAAUGUCUUCAGCCAUGCAGUUGCAAUGUCAUUCCCUACCGGGGAUACGCUUCGUCUAGGUCGUUGUUUGUACCUGCGUGGCGUCGAGAAUUUCUUAACUGAAGUUCGAUAUUCAAGUGAAUAUUCCGACACGUCCUCACUCUUCUUGACCGAGGGAUACGUAAAGUGCAUCCAUGAUGGAUCACACUCGCCGGAUUGGGUCGACA